AUGAACUCGGGCAGGGCAGGCCGAUUCGUCAGGGUCCAAGUGCACAAUUCCGGUCAGGAAUGCGAGGGUUGGCCUUUUCGCGGCGCAGAAACGAGGUUGAUCUCGCCCCACCGCCCGUGGCAGCACGAAUUUGCAGGCGCGACCACCAGCACAUUUCGUCAUGCACGUCGGCGUGAUUGGGACGAGGGCAGCUCCAGUGCUGCGUCACAGUUGGCACCGAGGCCUCCGCCCCGUGGUUUCUUCCGUGGCUACAAUGGCUCCACUCGGCUCAACAAGCUGAAGGCAGGCCCAGAGAUUCCGCCUGGCGCCUCAAGGCAGCAGAGUUGUCAGGCAUCCUCCUUGCCCGGCCAUCCAGACCUCGUUUCCAUCAUCUCCACAUCUCUCUUCGCCUCGUACACCAGUACCAGCACAACUUCAUCCUUCACAAUGGCUCGUACCAAGCAGACCGCCCGCAAGUCCACCGGUGGCAAGGCCCCGCGUAAGCAGCUCGCCACCAAGGCCGCCCGCAAGUCGGCCCCCUCGGCCGGUGGUGUCAAGAAGCCCCACCGUUACCGCCCCGGUACCGUCGCUCUCCGUGAGAUCCGUCGCUACCAGAAGUCGACUGAGCUGCUCAUCCGCAAGCUCCCCUUCCAGCGCCUCGUCCGCGAGAUCGCCCAGGACUUCAAGACCGACCUCCGCUUCCAGUCGAGCGCCGUCAUGGCUCUCCAGGAGUCGGCCGAGGCCUACCUCGUCUCGCUCUUCGAGGACACCAACCUGGCUGCCAUCCACGCCAAGCGUGUCACCAUCCAGCCCAAGGACAUUGCCCUUGCCCGCCGACUCCGCGGCGAGCGCACCUAA